AUGGUAAUAGGACGAUCGUAUGAAACUGGUGGAUUAAUGCGUGAUGAUUAUGAAUAUGCAUUGGAAGGUAUUGCUGUUGAUUAUGUUACUAAUCGACCGAGAAGUGGUACCAUUUCACGAAUACAUAGGAAUAAACAACGAUUAAAUCAUCGACAAAAUAAUCCAUAUCCUAUAGCUUCAUCAUCAUCAUCAUCAUCGUCAUCACUAUCAUCAUCAUCAUCAUUAUUAUCAUCAUCAUCAUCAUUAUCAAGAGAUGCUAUUGUUUAUCAUCAUAAAUCAUCAAAAUAUGGAUAG